CUUUGAGUUGUGCGUAUCAUCGGUCUUCAUCUUGGUCCUCUUGUUCUCCGUCAACGCAAUGACAACGCUCAACACAAGUGCGACGGCCGCGUACUCGGCCUCGGAGAUGUGGACUUACUUCUGGCAGAUGGGCGACCAGCGCAUCAUGCAUUGGGGCCUGAUGGGAUCUCCGCUCAAAGUGCUCUCGGUAAUCGGAUUCUACCUGCUCUUCUCGACGAGACUAGGCCCGUAUCUGAUGAAAGAUAGGCCACCGAUGAACAUUCGACCGAUUGUGAUAGCCUACAAUGUGUUCAUGGUCCUCGCGUCGUUCUACUUCUGCGGACUUACAGUGUAUUACGCCUACUUCAAAGCGCAGUACUCGCUCAUUUGCGCCGGAAAUGAUUCGUGGACGAACCCAUGGGCUCACAAGAUGUUCCAUUACGGAUGGUGGUACCUGAUGCUUAAGGUUGGCGAAUUGCUCGACACGGUCUUCUUCGUAUUCAUGAAGAAAGCGACUCACAUCUCGUUCCUGCAUCUGCUGCAUCAUUCACUCGCUCUCUGGACCGUGUGGCUGGACUUGAACCUCGGCAUCUCGGGCCAGGUGGCUCUGUUCCCCAUCCUGAACACGUCGGUUCACGUGGUUAUGUACACCUACUACGGACUCUCAGCUCUGCCCGUCCAUAUGCGGCCAAACCUCUGGUGGAAAAAAUACGUCACGCAGUUCCAAAUUGUGCAGUUCUUGAUGCUGAUGAUCCACGGGGCCGUCCCCCUGGUCUAUGACUGCAACUUCCCGCGAUACUUCGCCUCCCUCAUGGUGUUCGAGGCCGGUCUUUUCGCGUACCUGUUCAGCGACUUCUACGUAAAAACCUAUUUGAAAGCGUCUCCGAAAAAGGUCGAAUAGUCGAUUGUCGUUCCGACGGGAGCGGAGAGAAAAUAUACAAAGAUACGUCGUUGCGUUGAGAUUAUGUUUCCACAGCUCCGACACACAACAAUUUAGGUACUCGCUAGAAAUGUGUUUCCCACUGUAAUCUAUUUUAUUAAAAUGCCAGUUC